AUGAUAUAAGAGAAAAUAUAGUUUAACAAGCUGUAAGAUGUUUUAAAAUCAUUUUUAUCGCUUCACACUGAAAUCGAGAUAAAUCUGAAAUUCAAAGAAAUAGGAGAUUUAGGAACCUAAAGUUUAUCAUCUGCCUUAAUAAACUGCACUAAUCUAUAAAAAUUGACACUUGAUCUAAGAGUAAAUAAGAUUAAAGACGCUGGAGUAUAAAAAUUAGCAUCUGCUUUCAUAUAAUGCGCAAAUCUUUCAAGUCUUUUUCUCUACUUAAGUUCCAAUUAAAUUGGUUCAAAUGGUGUACUAGGAUUAUGUUCUGUUUUAGCUGGCUGUAAAAGUAUCUCAAACUUGGAACUUGAUCUUUAUUCCAAUUAAAUUUGUGCAAAUGGUGCUACAAGCCUAUGUUCUGUUUUAUUAAAUAAAACUAACAUGAUAAACGUAAUUCUCAAUAUAAAUUCGAAUAAAAUAUAGUCUAAGGGAGCAUCAAAUUUAUGUUCUGGUUUAGCAGAAUGUACUAAACUCUCAAAUUUAAAAACUUUGAAACCAAUAUUUUGA